AUGGCAUCAGCCAUGAAGUCUGCGGCGGCAGCUAUGCUACCUCCUUCCGCUGCCGUCAUUGCUGCUGCAGGCUUUUGGCUGGACUCCACGUACCAUAUCAGAUCCGACAUUGCGCAAAUCCGGUGCAUGAAAGCAAACCGUGAUUUCUACCAGAACCUUUGCAAAGCUCAUGGAGAGUCUGACUGGUCCUUCUACCAUACACUACACUCGACUCGUGGGCAGAAUGAUUAUCAGGAGGCAUUUGUCUUUGAAGGGCGAAGUUGGACAUAUGCAGAGUUACGUGGAGAGAUUGGAAGAUUGGCCAAAGCUCUACAAGAUUUGGGAGUUCAAAACAGAACAGUGGUUGCCAUGUAUGUCAACAAUUCACCCGAGUUCAUGAUCGUAUGGUGGGCCUUGUACAAGCUUGGAGCAAUUCCUGCUCCCGUCAACACAUCGAUAACCCGAGAACCACUGAAACAUUGUCUACGAGUCAGCGAAGCAGAGUUUCUAAUUACCACAUACGAGUUAUUCGAUGCGGUGGCAACCAGCCUCGACACCGCCGCAAUUGUGCUCAAUGACACCCCGUCCAUGAGUUACAACGAUACUCAAUUACCCAAGCUUAAGAAGCUCAUCAAUUAUGACUAUGAUACCUACGAUCAUGUGGCGCAGUCUCUGCCAGAGUUGAAGAGCAACACGCUCAAGCAACAUCAUCUGCAGCCGGUCACACCACAGUCGGCCGACUGGCCCAUUGAGUCGAGGCCUGCGAUACGAGCUGGGGACACUUCUCAGUACCUGUUCACAUCCGGGACGACUGGCUUACCGAAGGCGUCUGUAUGGCCAGCGGCAUAUAGCAUGAUGGCGUGUGGCUCCCUCCGGUGGCCAUUGAUGUUCCAGAAGCAUCGACGAUUCUACAUAUCAACACCGAUGUUUCACGGUGGCGCUGCUUUUGCCGUUCUCCCUGCUACCUUCGCCACAUCUGGUACAGUCAUUCUCGCGAGGAGGUUUUCCGUCUCGAACUUUUGGAAAGACGUGCGCCGAACUCGAGCCAAUGCAAUGUUCUACAUCGGAGAGAUGAUUCGUUUUCUGGUCCAAGCGCCACCAGACCCUCAUCACCCGGAUGAAAAGGCCUCACAUGGGCUGGAGCUGAUAUAUGGCUUAGGACUGAGUGCGCCCGUGAUUCGAGCAUUCCGAGAUAGAUUUGGAGUUCCGCAGAUUGUGGAAUACUAUGGAUCGAGUGAGGGAACGACCAGCAUUGCACAUAGCACUCUGCAUAAUGGUGAGGAAGGUGUGGGAAAAGUCGCUUGCUGGGGCCCGUUGAUGCGAAGCAGGUACUUUGGACAAGACUCUUUCUACAUCAUUAGGGUAGACUUGGAGACGGGCGAAGUUUGGAGAGAUCCAAAGACCGGCUUGUGCAGACAAUGCCCCUUUGACGAAGUGGGAGAAGCCAUUACUCGCGUGUCGGCGCCAUUGCAAAGAACGCAUGACUACGUUGGGGAUGGUGGCAGAGAUGCCACGGAGAAGAAGCUCCUAAGAGACGUAUUCGAAAAGGGGGACUUGUUCAUCCGAAUGGGGGAUGCAAUGGUCAUGGAUCGCAACGGCUACGUUGCCUUUCGCGACAGGCUGGGGGACACCUUCCGCGCAAAAGGCCACAAUGUGUCGACUACUGAAGUCGAGACCGCUUUUCUGCAUCACCCCUACAUUCAGUCGGCGAACGUCUAUUCGAUUCCGAUGAACAAAUAUGGCUAUGAGGGACAGCUCGGGUGUGCAGCCAUCACCAUGCAGCAGAGUAAGGCCGACGAUCCAGCUGCAUUGCAGGCCCUGAGCACAUUGGAGGAGUGGCUCGUCAAAGAGGCUGGCCUGGCACCCUACGCGGUUCCUCGAUUUCUUCGGGUCAUGCCUGGUUCCGCCACCGAUUCAGUUGGCUUGAACGGCGGCAAAGAUCCAGCGGGCGAACGAGUGUCAACGAUCAUGAAAAAGCUGAAGACCGGCUUGAGGUCAGAAGCUCUAGAUAUUGAUCUAUGCGGUCCUGACAAACUCUUUUGGAUCGAGCAAGAAGGAAGUGGCUUUACCCCACUUGACACAGAGACUCUGAUGAGUCUGUUACGAGCGGGCAAGGCGAGACUCUAA